AUGGACGAGAGCGUUCCCGCAGCUCACCUGUGCUCAAGCCAAAUGGAGUGUGAUGUUUUAGCGGCGCCGGUGAUUGCAGGGUGCGUGCGGACGGUGAAAACAAAACCUCGGCCCCGGCGUUUACGCACCAUCGGACCACAGGUGGUCCAGGGACCGCCGAGACCCGAGACCGACGAGGAGAGACGAGGGGGAGGGAAAGUUUACACACAAACUUCUGACUUCAGGAUGUAA